AUGGGACACGAGAGCGCGGACGACGCGACGGCGACGGCGACGGCGGCGGGCGACGAUGGGAAGGCGAAGAAGCCGUGGGGGUUCCUGAGCCCGUUCGGCGCGAGCGCGGCGGUGCUGGAACAGGCGGCGGAAGCGAACGAGAAGCAGAGCGGGCGCCGGCGACGGACGGAGGAAGUGAAGCUGAAGGUCGAUGGACAGUGGUACGAUGCGACGGGGUGGGCGCUGGCGCAUCCCGGUGGGGCGGGGUUCGUGCGGUUGUUGAACGGACAAGACGCGACGGAUGUGUUUUACGCGCUGCACUCGUACGGGCCGAACGGGAGCGACGAGGCGUUGAAACGCUUGCGCGCGUUGCCGAAGUGCGAUGCACCGUAUGAUACGGAAGAGUACGAAACGCAAAGGCUGACGACGGCGAACGCCGAGUUCGGGGAGUUGCGAGGGAAGUUGGAGGCGGAGGGCUGGUUUAAACGCAACGCGCUCUCCGAACUCUCGGUGUUGGCGCAAGUUUUGGGAUGCUACGUCGUCGGACAAGCCAUCGCGGCGACGCACCCGAUCUUAGCCGCGAUCUCGAUCGGGAUAGGGAUGCAACAAGCCGGAUGGCUCGCGCACGACUACGUUCACGGCCGCGGGAAGUGGUGCUCGAUGAUGCGCUGCUUUGGCGCGUUGACGAAUGGGUUUUCCGCCGAAUGGUGGUCGCACAAGCACAACAUGCACCACUCGUUCACGAACGUCGACGGUAAGGACGGCGACAUCAAACUCGAGCCUCUGUAUUACUUGUCGCCGCCGGAGACCAGUGGGCGCCCGGAUAGCUGGUUGCGCAAGUACCAGCACAUCUACGGCUAUCCGCUCUACGCGAUGACCGUCGCGAGUGCGUGGGCGCGCAAGGAUAAGACUGAGCUCGCUUUGCUCGUCGGCCACUACGCGUGGUUGUUCGGCACGCUUCCUUUGGGUGUCGCCAUCGGCUCCAUGCUCAUCGGUGGGUUUUUGGUAGGCUCUCUCGUCACCGCUACGCACCAGAGCGAGGAAAUCAUGUAUGAAGACGGUUCCUUCGUCGAUAUUCAGUUUAGAAGCACUCGCGAAGCGGACGUGAAGAAUCCACUCGAGCGUUGGUUGUGGGGUGGUAUGGACACGCAGCUCAUUCACCACUUAUUCCCCACCAUGCCGCGUUACAAGCUUCACAAGCUUCGUCCCAUCAUGCAGGAAUGGGCCCAGAAACACGGAUACGAUUUUAGAAUCUCCGAUUCGCGCGACAUCCUGAAGAAGAACUACAAACAUCUUGAGGGUAUCGCCGCAUUGGAGACGAUUUAA